AGUCAGCACAAGUGCCCUGCUCUUAAAAAGAGGACCGGUUCGCCCGUCUGGAUGUACUUCAUUGCCGCCACCGCCGCAGAUAUGAGUGCAGAGACCAAGAAGCGGAUCUUCUCGCAGGGCGAGGACUGCAAAUCGGACUGGAGACUAGCCCACGCUAAGUUUGAUGAAUCCGACUCCCACUUGGAGAUCCUGGGGAAACCAGUUAUGGAGCGCUGGGAGACUCCAUACAUGCAUUCGCUAGCAACUGUCGCAGCCUCGAAAGGGGGGCGAGUUCUGGAGAUUGGAUUUGGAAUGGCAAUUGCUGCCACUAAGAUUCAGUCCUUAAAUAUUGAGGAGCACUGGAUCAUUGAAUGCAACGACGGCGUGUUUAGUAGGUUGCAGGAGUGGGCGAAGGAGCAACCUCACAAGGUUAUUCCCCUCAAAGGACUCUGGGAAGAUGUCGUAUCAACAUUACCAGAUACACAUUUUGAUGGAAUUCUUUAUGAUACAUACCCUCUGUCAGAAGAAACCUGGCACAUACAUCAGUUUGCUUUUAUAAAGGAACAUGCUUUGCGCUUGUUGAAGCCUGGUGGUGUUCUUACAUAUUGCAACCUGACGUCCUGGGGAGAGCUACUGAAGGGAAAGUACAAUGACAUUGAGAAAAUGUUCCAGGAGACCCAAGUACCGCAUCUGGUGGAAGCUGGCUUCAAGGAGGAGAACAUUAACACCACUCUAAUGGACAUCACCCCCCCUAAAGAGUGCAGAUACUACUCUUUUCAUAAGAUGAUCACACCAGCCAUAACCAAACAUUAACAAGCCAAUCGAGAUCUCAUUGGGAUUCAGUAUGGUCAUACAGUCACAGAACACUACAGCACAGAACAGGCCCAUCAGCCCAUCAAUUCCAUACCAAACUGUUAUUCCAGCUAGGUGGACCUGGCCCAUAGCUCUCCAUACCCCUCCUAUCCAUGUACUUAUCCAAAUUUCUCUUAAAUGUUGAAAUCAAACCCAGAUUCACCAUGUCUGCCGGCAGCUCAUUCCACACUCUCACCACUGUGAGUGAAGAAGUGUCCUCUCAGGUUCCUCUUAAAAUAUCUUCUUAAAAAAUGGAAUAUUUAAUUAUUAAUUUUAUCGUAUCCAACAUGGAUUUCUUUAGAUCCAUGGUGAACAGAAAUGAAGGCAAUAAAACUAGAGCAAACACGAGGAAAUCUGCAGAUGCUGGAAAUUCAAACAACUCACACAAAAUGCUGGUGGAACACAGCAGGCCAGACAGCAUCUAUAGGGAGAAGCAGUGUCGACGUUUUGGGUCUCGUCCCGAAACGUCAACAGUACUUCUCCCUAUAGAUGCUGCCUGGCCUGCUGUGUUCCACCAGCAUUUUGUGUAUGUUCAAUAAAACUAGAGUAUCUGUGUCUAUAGUAGCAGCUACCUGGAUUUCAAAGUGUGUAUUCUCACAUUUGCCUUUCAAUCUUAAUAUUGCCCUCACUGGAUGUCUUACUGCUUUUUGUUUUAAGUAUUUUAAAUAGGGAUGAUCGCAGAACUGCUCUGGACCACUUAGGACAACCCUUCCAGGUUACUGUAGGUGUAACCUCCCUAAGUUCAGCAUCCACAGCUUGUAUCCACCUUACAACUAACGUAACUGUGAAUUCCCAAGAAAAUAUGUCUAACUUGAGUGGAAGUAACCAAUUAGUUUCACAAUGAGCAAAAUUUAACCUAAACAGUUUUGCCUGCAUGAUUGCUAAUGUUGGGGAAAUGGAAACUACUGCCAGAUAGCACUGUUGGGUACAAUGUUGCAGCAUUUUUUACUGAGGGGAAACUUGGAAUAAAAACUGAUCAAAUAAUAUCAUGGCAUCACUUUCCUUGUAUAUAAAGAUUUCCUUAAAUGUCUGAUCUCCAUCAGUAUGCAAGAUCACAGAUAAGAAAUAUUUUUCCCAGGCCAUUCUUGCUGCUAGCUUUAGUCAGCUAAAACUUUACUGUACUUGAAUUUUGCACUGCCACUAUUCCUUUCUGUAUCUAAUGGAGUUUUGCCAAUUCUCCAGAGGGACCAUUUCCCAAAUCUAGAGAAAGAAAGUUUAUUGGGAAACGAUC